AUGUCUUAUCCACAAGAAAUCCAAAAUAUUCAAAAUUCUUUUAAAACUGCCAUGAAUUUAUCCGGUUCUCCAGGGGAGGUUUCUACUUCUCCUACUGAUUCUUUUAUGAACAGUUUGCCACAUCGUACCAGCGUUUCCAAACAAACCAAAGCUUUAAAACCUUUUUCUACCGGUGAUAUUAAGAUUUUACUAUUAGAAAAUGUCAAUAAAGGUGCUGUCGAUAUUUUAACCAACCAAGGUUAUCAAGUUGAAUUUCACAAGACUUCUUUACCGGAUGAUGAAUUGAUUGAAAAAAUCAAGGAUGUUCAUGCCAUUGGUAUUAGAUCAAAAACAAAAUUAACUGAAAAAAUCUUGAAACACGCUAAGAACUUAGUCGUCAUUGGUUGUUUCUGUAUUGGUACAAACCAAGUUGAUUUAGAAUAUGCUGCUAAAAUUGGUGUUGCCGUUUUCAAUUCUCCAUUCUCCAAUUCGAGAUCGGUUGCCGAAUUAGUUAUUGCUGAAAUUAUCUCCUUGGCUAGACAAUUGGGUGACAGAUCAAUUGAAUUACACACUGGUACAUGGAAUAAGGUUUCUUCUAAAUGUUGGGAAGUUAGAGGUAAAACCUUGGGUAUUAUUGGGUACGGUCACAUUGGUUCUCAAUUAUCUGUUUUGGCCGAAGCUAUGGGUAUGCAUGUUUUAUAUUACGAUAUUAUCACUAUCAUGGCCUUGGGUACUGCCAAACAAGUUUCUACUUUAGAUGAAUUAUUAAACAAAUCAGAUUUUGUUACCUGCCAUGUUCCAGCUACUCCAGAAACCAAGAACCUGUUGUCUAUUCCACAAUUUGCAGCCAUGAAAGAUGGGUCCUAUGUCAUCAAUGCUUCAAGAGGUACUGUCGUGGAUAUUCCAGCUUUGGUUCAAGCUAUUAAGUUGGGCAAGAUUGCUGGUGCUGCCUUGGAUGUUUAUCCAAAUGAACCAGCAAAGAAUGGUGCUGGCUUGUAUUGUGAUCAAUUAAACCCAUGGACUUCUGAAUUAGUUUCCUUGCCAAAUGUUAUUUUAACCCCACACAUUGGUGGUUCCACAGAGGAAGCCCAAAGAGCUAUAGGUGUUGAGGUUUCUCAUGCUCUAUUAAAAUACAUCAAUGAAGGUAGUUCAAUUGGUGCUGUCAACUUCCCAGAAGUUUCAUUAAGGGCUUUAGAUCUAGAUCAAGAAAACACUGUUCGUGUAUUAUACAUCCACAAAAAUGUUCCUGGUGUUUUAAAAACUGUUAACAACAUUUUGUCCGAUCACAAUAUUGAAAAGCAAUAUUCUGAUUCUAACGGUGAUAUUGCCUAUUUAAUUGCCGAUAUUUGUGAUGUUAAUCAAAGCGAUAUCAAAGAUAUAUAUGAUAAAUUAAAUGCUACGCCAUAUAGAAUCUCUAUUAGAGUCCUUUAUUAA